AUUGUGAUUUCUCAAACAAAAAGGGUUGAGGACCCCAUUGAGAUGUGUUGGUGGGACUCGGAGUCGUUAAUUAUUAAUUAUAUGAUUAAUACAUAAGAAAGUUCUUUAGGAUUCCCUCCAUCUCUAUACGCAUUCCUUUUUCUUCCUUUUUCCAUUUUUUUUUACUCACUUUCUGUUUGUUUCGUGGGAAAACCCAAAAUCCCAGGGAAAACAAAAAAAAAAAAAGAAAAAGAAAAAAGAAAACCCAAAAUCCCGGAGAUGGAGAGCGCGUCGGAAUUGGUGGCAUUCCCAUUGCUGAUAACGCCGAUCGAGUCCAACUACAGAGCCUGCACCAUUCCCUACCGCUUUCCUUCCGAUAAUCCUCGCAAGCCUACCCCUGCUGAGAUUGCCUGGAUCGACCUCUUCCUCAACUCCAUUCCUUCCUUCAAGAAACGAGCGGAGGCUGAUACUACAGUCCCUGAUGCUCCAAUUAGAGCUGAAAAAUUUGCUCAGAGGUACGCUGAAAUACUUGGAGAUUUCAAGAAAGAUCCUGAAAGUCAUGGUGGGCCUCCUGAUUGUAUACUUCUUUGCAGAAUUCGUGACCAAAUCCUUAGGGAAUUGGGAUUCAGAGAUAUAUUCAAGAAAGUCAAGGAUGAAGAGAAUGCGAAAGCCAUAUCUUUAUUUGAGGAUGUUGUUCGAAUUAAUGAUGCUAUUGAAGACGAAGGAAAACGUCUAGAGAAUCUGGUUAGAGGAAUUUUUGCUGGAAACAUAUUUGAUCUUGGUUCUGCACAGCUUGCAGAAGUUUUCUCAAGGGAUGGUAUGUCCUUCUUGGCUAGUUGUCAAAACAUUGUCCCUCGACCUUGGGUUAUUGAUGACUUGGAUACUUUCAAACUGAAAUGGAGCAAAAAACCUUGGAAAAAGGCUAUUAUUUUCGUUGAUAAUUCUGGUGCUGAUAUUAUACUUGGUAUUUUGCCAUUUGCAAGAGAGUUGCUUCGGCGUGGGACACAGGUUGUUUUGGCAGCUAAUGAGUUGCCUUCUAUCAAUGAUGUAACUUACCCUGAACUGAUUGAGAUAAUAGCAAAGUUGAAAGAUGACAAUGGGGAGCUCGUAGGCAUUGACUCUAAAAACCUUCUGAUUGCCAAUUCUGGUAAUGAUUUGCCGGUUAUUGAUCUUACACAUGUGUCACAAGAACUUGCAUACAUGGCAAAUGAUGCUGACCUCGUCAUUUUGGAAGGCAUGGGCCGUGGAAUAGAGACAAAUCUUUACGCUCAAUUUAAGUGUGAUUCCCUGAAGAUUGGAAUGGUAAAACAUCCAGAGGUUGCACAGUUUCUUGGAGGACGGCUUUACGAUUGCGUUUUUAAAUACAAUGAAGUUUCAAGUUGAUAAUGCGGAUUCAUGUCUGUACUCAUAACCUGAUUUUUUUGAAGUUAAUCAUUUCGGUACAUGCAAAAUUAGGUCUUACUACCUGGAGGAACUUAUAGCUUAUACUUAAACCUGUCAUAAUAAAACAUGACGAGCAGUUGAAAUUAUCUUCCUAUACAUGUUUUUCUGUGUAUCAUGCUGGUGCAAUAUCAUGCACAUAUAAUCUCUAUGAGAAAUAGUUCAUCAAAGCUUUGCUACUGACUAUUA